UCACUGAACAGGAAGAUAAGUAGGACACGUCCUUUCAGCAUGAACCACUGUACCUGGAUGUCUAGUUGUAACAGUUGCCCUUCCAGCAAGUACAAAGUUCUUUUCUUUGAGUUUGCUGAUCACAGGAACAAGAUCUAUUGUAAGAAACGUGAUUGAAAAAAUCCAAUCCCUCUCCAGCAGUUGCUGCAGAGGCAUAUACUGACCAGAGCAGAAAAGCCAGGCCACACCUUCCAGUUCAAAUAAUCCAGCCCUUCUGUGCCUCACACUGAGAAACUCCCUCCGCUGGGAUUCAGCAUUUUGCUCGGGUGCUGCAGACCUGUGCUCUCAGCUUGCCAUGUAGUGAAGGGAUGAGCUGGGAUCCUUCUGGAGUCUGAGUGUCAGUGAUGCAAGCCAGAGGAGCACAGGGUGGUUAAAGCGAGCUUCCCUCUCUACCAUCUCCCAAACAGAUGCAUGUUCAAGACUUCUGCAGACAGCUAUAUAAUGUGCAGCAGAUGUGUAAUGUGUGAAUCACUCUCCAGCUUUCCAGGGGACAAUAGAUGGAUUGCUCCGGACUCGGUGUUUUCCAAUCUUAGCACACUUUCCAAGUGCCUUUUAUUAUUUUCCAUUCCAUGUUAAAACUAAAUAACAACAUUUAAGCUUCACCACUGUUUGGAGUGAUAGACCUUGUGGAGCCUUCACAGCCAGAGACCUCUGCAGAAGAGUAUUUAAAUGAUCUUAUUUUACAAUCCUCCACAGUUAAAUUAUAGGACUUAUAAGAGACAUCACCAGGAUACAGAGUUUAGAGAGCUACAAAACAGCUGCAUGUGACAUGUCGUCAUUUAUUUCCAUGACCGUUUGAGAAAUGACUGAGAAUCCGCAGGAUGCAAAUUACUAGAAACUUGCAGGAUGGAGUGAAACAUAAAUAAUGUGUCUGUGUGUAUGGACCAAUGGAGUCUAGAGACGGUGACAGGUAAAAAAUCAAGAGGAGGGAAAUGAGUGGAGCACUGUCUGAACUCCUACCCCCGCUGGAUUGCAACUGCUGUUUCCAAGAGGCUGUGGAAAGGAACCCACCAGUGAACAUUGUGAAUGACCUUCAUUUGUCACUGUGACUGUCACUCUGCAAUCAUGUACUGCAAAGCUUUUGCCAAAUUCCCAGAGAGGAAGGCAUUUAAAAUGCCUGUGUGAUUCGUGUGACUAGUAGAGACGAUGGUGUUAGCAGACAGCAAGCCAAGCAUCCCUGAGCCCUUUUAAACACCAGCUCAGAGUCUACCUGGACCAAACAAACUCCAGACAGGGUCUGUUUGGGCUUCAUUCACCAUCAAAUACACAGAUUUGUUCCUGGCAAAAGCUGUGUUUGCUGUGGCAGAGUCUGGCUGUUUCUUGCCUUGACGACUGGGCUGCUUUUGUGAAUGAGGUACAGCGUCACUGUGGGCCUUUAAUUGUGUUUAAUUUUGAUUUGGUUUUGUUUGGCCUAGAUUCUGAGACCUCUUUUUUUUUUUUUCAAGAAGAGGUUUGCAAAGAAAGAUGAAUGGGAGGAGUCCCACACUGUUUGCUUGCUGAUGUGGAGAUCAGAAAGUGCCAGUAUCUCACAACACGCAUUACACCUUGUUUUCCUUUCAGGACUGCAGGAGGAAGCUGUAAGAUGAUUUAUUAGCGGUUGGCUAAGCAGAAAAGAAAAAGCAGAACAAAUACAUCCCUGCCCUGUCCUAACAGAGAAGGAGAAAGAGAAACUGUGUCUUAAAUCCAUGACUGUAAUAAACAGUUAUUUGUUCAGCCACACAGCUGUACCAUCAGGAACAGAGCUCAGGGCUUUGUUUGCAUCACUAACACUGAAAAAAGACUCUCAACACUGUCUUGCUGCAUCACCAUCCUCUACAUCCUGCUGCUGUGUGUUUUUAAGGGUUUUGAGGAUUACAUUGGUAGCGUCUGGCUUAAAUGACUACGUGUUCCUCUGCGUCCUGGUAUCACGAGUUGUCUAGCUGGCCCUGAUGAAAGAGCAUUCUUGGGGCACAUCUUGGCCCACUUCCUGUUGGAUAUGAAGGAAGCAAUCACUGGGAAAACUUCACUAUAGAAUGAGGAUAACUUUGGGGAUUCAGAGCUCCAUAAAUGAGUCCUUGUAACAGGGCUGCACUACUAGUCCAUGAUUAAGGAGCUUGUUCCAAAGUACAUUGCCUUGCUACGAUCCUGGCAGAUUUGAUGUGACUGGAGGUUGUUAGUCUAAACCACUUCUGAGUUCUGGGAGAAGGAAAAGUGGCAGAGCUGGUGCCCAGGGGCUCAUGGAGAGAUUCCUUGAGCAGAGUCUUUUAACACGGGUCACAGUGGUCUCUAUCUUUGUCACCUCUGUCCUGCUCUUAAGUAAAUGCUUGUACUCAUGGUGCCCCCAGCUGCCCUGUCUUCACUAUGUGGAACGAAGAGGCAGGCAGGGCACGCUGGACUCCAUCCCUGUGCCCCUUCCCAACCUGGAGGUGCUGUCUACCAUGCCUUGCCCCAUGGUGACUCUGGAGGAGGUGGAGGGGUUUUAUCGGGAACUGCACACUCCAACUGGGGGCAGGGUGGUGGUGAAGCAGCUGCUGAACAAGUUGCUGGUCUAUGUAGGCAAGGAGGUGGACCACAGGGGUGAUUGUCUCAUGCUGAUGGAGAUGGGCAUCUCACUAGCCAUUCCACCAGGGGCAGUAGCACUGGGACAGACAAAGAAGGUCUCUUUGGUGCUCAUCUGGGACCUGUCGGAUUCUCCCCCGCUGUCCAGCUCACAGGCCCUCAUCAGCCCUGUUGUGUACUGUGGGCCCCAUGGUUCGGUGUUCCAGAAGCCGUGUCAGCUAGUGUUCAAGCACUGUGCAGGGAGUGCGACUCAGGCAAGGGCUUAUACUAGCAACACCGACCUCCUCAGUGCUAAGGUUUGGUGCCCCGUCCAGGACAGAGAGGAGCUCAAGGCAAGAACCACUAGGGACGAGUGCCAGAUACAGCUCUCACACUUCAGCCUCUACACCUGUGUCCUCGAAGCUCCAUGGAACGUGGAGGCUCGGAAGUGGCUGCAGCUGGCCAUCUUCUGCUCCCCACUAGCUGCUGACCAGACUCACUUCCAAAUCCGCAUAUACUUCCUCAACAACACACCCUGUGCCCUGCAGUGGGCAGUUACCAAUGAACAGCCCUUUCGAGGAGGCCUCUGUGGCCCAGUCCAGAUCUUCGAUUUCACUGGCAGGACCAAGGAUAUGUGCCUGGCUCUCAAGUACCUCUCGGAUGGUUGGGAAAACGUGGAUGACAGUAGCUGCCAGGUUGUCCCCCACCUCCACAUCUGGCAUGGAAGAUGCCCGUUUCGUUCCUUCUGUUUCCGGAGGAAGCAGAAUGAAGAAGGGGCUGUGCCUAGUGGUGAAAUCAUUGUGACAAUGCACACCUACCAGAGCGGCCUGGAGAAGAAGUAUAUGGAAAUCUUGAGAUUUCAAGCCCCAGAAAAUGGGUCACAGAUGACCCGAAUCUCCUCUUCCCCUCUUUGCAACAGAAUGCCCCGGGAACUCUUUGAGCAGUUGCAGAUGUUGCUGGAGCCAAACAGCAUCAGUGGGAAUGACUGGCGCAAGCUGGCUUCCAGGUUGGGCCUGUGUGGUAUGAAAAUCAGGUAUUUCUCAUGCCAGCAAAGCCCAGCAGCUGCUACCCUGGAGAUCUUUGAGGAGCAUAAUGGGAGCCUGAAGGAUCUGUACAACAUCAUGGUGGCCAUGGACAGGUUGGACUGCGCCUCGGCCAUUGAAAGUUUCCUGAAUGGGACAGGGAACAGACACUGCUGCGCUUUGGCAACCAGCCCCCACAGAAGUGAUCACCAGCUGGUAGGAGACGGACAGUCCCCAGAACAAGAACUGCAGGAACAAGGGCAACCUAUGGCAUGGUCCCCAGGGACAAAGAUGCUGCCACCAGAAGCUUAUGAAAACCAAGCCCUGGAGGUGGAAGAGGAGAAAGCCUGAGCUGCAGCAAUGAGAGCUCCCCAGCCUGUACUUGCCCUGGCCUUUUUGAAUUUUGGGGACAGAUUGCCUGGAAAGGGGGCCUCUGGCUGAGCGGAAAGGCUCUCCACCCUCACACUCCUAGCAAUGGGUGCUUGGGGUGUGCAGCAACUUCCUCCAUGUUGGCUGGACUCAGCUUCUCAAAGCUUGCAUUGGAUUAUUUUCUGGCAUUACCAGCCAGCCUGGCUUCCCUAUCACCUGGUGAGGGAUGGCAGUGCCUGGUUGUUUCCACUGCAGACUUAAGGGUGGUGUGGUUUCUGAGGCUCAGCGGGAAAGAGAUGCUUUUGGGUGAGAUGAUAAGAGAUGUGUCCCUGCGGGGUGGGGUCUCACAGAUUCUUGCUUCCAGGUGGAAGACACAGGAGUCUAUGUCUGGAGCAAAGUGCCACAUCUUUUGGGAAGGUACUGUGGUUCUGCUCAGAAGGGGAGAACUGCAGCAGUUCUUGCAGGGAUGAGGGGAGAGAGGCCAUCUCUGAACUGGGCCUCCACUCCCUUGCUGUCCUAGUUCCACUCCCAUAAUUAAAAGUGGGAAAGCUCCUUCCUGUGCUCACAAGUGAAAAGAUUAAUGCAGCAGCAAGUCCCUAGGUAGGACUUUGUAUGUGGCUGCAGCACUGUGGGAAAAGGCCUGUGCCUCUUGCACCCUUCCAUCAGCAAGCUAGAGGAAGCACAAGGGAAGUGAUUGUGAUCCAGCCCUGGCAACAAGCAUAGGGAACAGCAGCUGUGCAUUACUGAUCCACAAGCAGGAGGCCUGGGAUUAGCCAGCCUGCUGCAGCUUUGCUCAAUGGGAUACCCUUAGGCCUUUUUAGGCACAGUGCACGGCCAUUUAUGGAUUUCAUCUCUUGGCACCCCAGAAGGCUGGGAAAGAUCAUUAUCCCCAUUUAGAGUGAGUAAAACAGAGAAACGAUGCAAUUUGUCCAAGAUCACAGAAGAGGAGGCACAGCUAGGAACUGAACCCAGCCCAACUGAGACCCAGUACUGGCUCCCGAUAGUCCACCUUACCAGCCCUCCCCCAGAUGAGCUGAGUGCCCAGCCAUGGAAGAGAACUGCAAGAAACAUUCAGAUACCACCCACUCAUGGGAAGACUGGAACUGCAUACCUUUAUUUUAAAAUAUAUAUUACAUAAACUUUAAAAAAAAGAAUGAUUUGCAAAUAGUUUUCCAGUUGGACAGUUCAGUGUGUUCCACAGGCCCCUCUUGCCACAGAGCCAGCAUUGAGGAUGGGAUGGAGAAUUAAAAAAAGAGGUGGGGAAAAAGUCCCCCCUCUUUAGGGCACACCUACUGUCAAGGCUCUUGUCCCUUUCUUCCCUCUGCCCCAUUUGUGUGGGAGGAAAGCAGGAAUUGUGGGAGGUACUCUGGGAAGUGGGGUGUCCCUAGGUACCCUCUACAGUGGCUGCUAAGUGGGGAGGGGCUCUGUGGAACACCAAGGCUUCCAAGAACAUGAUAAAAAGAUCAAGCAGACUUAUAAUAGCUACAAUAUGGCUUCAAGUAUACCUGCAAAACCCUACCCUCACAAAGCUUCACAGUCAGCUGCCGCUAGUCAGGAGAAAACCCCCUUUGAAACAGCACCAUGUCUUGCCCCACAACUCAGGCUGACAGGAGGAUCCCCAGCUGGCCCCAGGCUCCAUAGUGUCACCACCCUCACGCAUGUGUUUCUGGCUUCUUACCAGUGCCAGGUCCCAGCACAGGGUUUGGAGAAGUGUCUGGAAGGGAGGUAGGUCAGAUGAGUGAUCCCUUAGCUUGAGCUACUGCUUUCAUCCAUGAAUAAAGAACCACUGCUGCAUGGGAGAACAGGUACCAUUGACCAGGCUCAGUAGUGGGGAGGAACUUUUCCCUUAUGCUCUUGUCCCUUUUCAUACCUCCUAUUAAAUGCUGCGAUUUGGAUUUCCCUUUUGGCUUCUAUUCACAUCAGUAUUUUUUGCCCAGCUGCCUGCCCCAACACCAUGUGCCUGCUCCCUUGCCUGGAGACAGUCCAGCCCUGAGCAAACCUCUAGCUGGCAUGGAGCCAGCUCCUGCUUCCUGCCAUAAGGGGGAUGAAAGGGAUGGGAUAGGAUACAGCAAGCCUGGUGGCCCUAGCCAGGGUAUACUAACCCCUCCCCAGUGCAGAGAACUUAGAUUGCAGCAAUCCUCUCUCAGUGCCCAUGUGCCUUCUUCCUCCUCCAGACACAGAAGGCAGCAUAAGCUAUGAGGUGGUGCCCUUGUAGUAGCUUAGCCACAUUUUCCCCUAGGUUAGUCCCACAGUGGUUAGAAGCUUUGCCCAAGGACUAGCUCCCCUUGAGCUGUUUUUAUGUCCUCCGUGCAAGGACCACAACUUCUAAGAAAAAGGAACUGCUGGCCUUGCUAGACCUGUGGAUAGAUGUCCUCUCUGUAUUGCACAGGUAGCGGAGAAAAAUUCCCAGAGCAAUUAUUCUCCAGGCCUUCCUGUCCCAUACUCUGCUUGAGACAGCCUACUGUGUUGGGUCCAAGGUAGAUGGCUCACUAGACUGAGAUCCUAAAACUCAAUAGUCUGUGGGAAAAGAGCAGCAGUCACCAAGUAGUUUUGCUUCUCUCUCUCCAGGGCUGCUUUUGAACCAGCAGAUCCAAAACAGGGAACUGCCGUAGUCCAUCCCAGUCCCAUGAGCCAUGCCUCCCUGACUAAAAGCUACGCAAACAGCUGAUGAAGGCGGCUUUCUUCCUUUAAAGUAGCCCAGAAGGCAGAGCUAGAACAAGCUGCUAGUGGAUUUAGACCACAGCAAGUGAAGCAUCAAGGCCAGGCUGGCAAACGGCUGAUGAUAAAAUCCCUUCGGCAGCUGUCUCCAUUGGAUUGUCUCAUUCAAUGAGACCUUCCCUGUGGAGUUAAACUAAAAAGGUACAGUCUUCUCUAGUCUUCCCCUGGGAUCAUGCUGCUGCAGGGGCACCUGCGCGAAUGUGCAACAAUUUUGCCAUCCUGUGGCUGGAUACAGUACUGCAUAUCAGCAAUUAAAUAAGCAUCUCCCUGUUCAAACCUGUUUUCUCUGCUCCACUCUGGUACUACUCUCUAAGCAGAGGAGAGUCAGCUCAGAGCAGUGGAGGAAUGCAGGAAAGUUCCCACAGCCUAUUCUUACAGUAAGCAGAAGUUCAAAGGAACCACCUGAAUUUUGGGGGGGGGAAACAGAGGUUACAACAAGGCAAAGGUUCAGUUUUCAAAGCUCUCUUCUCAGUCCAGGUCUAGUGGCUUCUCCUAGGGCUGGAGUUGCAUCCCAUAGUCUCCCAAACAUCUGCCAGUAUCUAGGAAACCAGAUGAAACCAUUAAAAAUGGCCAACUACUUCUAGAACACCAAACCAGGAGAAGAUCUAGCCAGCAUGGGGUUUGCAAAAAGAUCCUCUCUCAUCAUCAGUGUAACUCUCACAUUAUCAGUGGUACUUUCAAUGUACCAGUACAAGCUCACAUAAUUCAGAGAUUUCCAAAAGCCUCCGACAAGGUCCCACACCAAGAAGCUACUAGAGGCAAGCAGUCAUGGAGGAAAACAGGAGGAAUCAAAAAACUGGCAAAGCCAUGAGGAAGAAAAGGAUUAGGAAUGAGUGGUCAGUUUUCAUCAGAGCAAGAUGCCUCGGGUUCCUCCCCACAUGUAGUGGCGUCUGAAUGCAAUUAUUUGUCAGAAAAAAAAAAAAAAAAAAAGUUCUGUGGUAGUAAAUAGGAGAGGGAGGCCAAAGUAUUUAGGUUAGCCCAGGACAAAGACGACAGCCUGGAAAUGCAAACACCUACUCAAAUUAGAGAAGUGGGCAAUUGAACAGCCAGUGAAGCUGUGUGUGGGCAAGUAAAAAGCAACAUGUUACGGAGAGAAAACCCCGCCUGGUUACGCAUACCUAACUGGCAUUGAAGUUAAACGCAUCAGCUCAGGAACAAGACCUGAGGAUCCCUGGAGACAGUUCAGUGAUGAUUUCUGUUCAGCACAGAACUAAGGCAGGUCAGGUUACAUAUGAAAUGAGAGGCAGAACAUGGUGGAAAACAUCAGAGUGCCCAUCUAUGAGUCAGUAGUUUGCAUGCAUCUGGGUAAUGUACAUGAAGGAAUUGGGGUAGGGGUUUUCAGAGGUGAAGACAGAAAGAAGGGAUGGGGAAAACAUGCUUGUAUGCAGAGAGAUUGAAGUGGCUGCUGGUUUUCCCCUUAAAGAAAGGACAGGAACAUGAAAGCUGUGAUAAAAAGCAUUAACAAGCAAAGUGCCUAGGGAAGCACAGCUGAAGCCGCUCUUCUCCCUGCAUCCUCACACACUGAUGAGGGACAGUGGCCGAAAUUAAACCGACAAAAGGGCAAGAUCAUUUGCAAAUGAAGCAGUCGGGCUGUGGUGCUCCCUGCCACGUGGUUUGAUUGAGGAUCAGAAUCUUAGAUUCAUAGAUGUUAGGGUCGGAAGGGACCUCAAUAGAUCAUCGAGUCCGACCCCCAUCUAUAUGGCAAUGGUUCCCAAUCUGCAGUACGCAUACACUGUCAGAUUUAUUAUAAUUACUUUAUAUGACAAAAAUUUGCUGGUGGUACUUAAGGUUGUAUCCUUUUAAAUUGGUGGUGUGCAACCUGCCAGUUUGAGAACUGCUGCUUUAUGGGGUAGUAAGUGUGUAGAGACAGGCUUAAAGCCUGUCUCUAACUAUUAGGGAUCUAAGGGAGAUCUUUAUUAUGGCAGUGAAGGAGGGGUGAGGAUGGUCUCUCAUUUGCCUACUGUAGGGGUCCUGCACUUCCCUCUGAAGCAUCUGGUGCUGGUCACUGCCAGGGUCAGGACAGCAGCAACACAGAUCCAGUAUCACCACCAAGAUGAGUCACAGCAUCCCUCUAACCAUCUCGACUGCCUCUUCUCUAGAGCUCCCGCAUUGCCCUGACUGAACAAAGACGCAAGAAUGGAAAAGUCCCAGAUAACAGCACUUCAUACUUUAAGUUUUAUAAGCAUUGCCAUGUCUUUCUAUGCAGUCCCCAAGAUUAGGCAGCCUUGGGACAGGGAGCCAGAUCCUCAGCCAGUCAAAGGUGGUUUUACUCCGUGGAAGUCAUUCAGCUGGGGAUUUGGUCCUCCCUGAACUGGCCCAACCAUGCUAGAAAACAGGGUUGGCUGAAGCAGGCUUAGGCCUAGUUUGAGCCAGAGGUGGACACAGCAGUCACAGUUUCAAGCUUUACACAGUAACCAGAAGUGAGGAAUACAAAUGGCCGAGGCACUGGGCUCACACUCAAAUAUGGGACCCAUGGCCUCAAAGGCUAGAAGGAUUUCAGAGUCAGGAUCUGCUUGGACCCACUCUCUGAAUGACAGCCGACAAGGAGUUGUUUACAAUUUUCUAAUCCUGACCAGAAGUGCAAGCAGCAGGUCAAGAGGCUCUGCCAGGUGGAGUCUCCACUGAAAGCCCUUCCACUACAGUGUCGGUUGCCGAGACAUAGCAGCCCUGGGAAGGUGCGCAAGAACCCAGCAGGACAUUCAGGGGCACCUGAAGUUCAAUCUGC